AUGCGGGCUGGCGGUCAGGCAGUGGACCUGGCCGCCCUUGCGGUUCGGCAGGUCGGCAGCUCUAAUGCGACUGGCAUCGUCACCAGCAUCAACCCUAGCGACGAUUCAGUCUUUCUCCACGUGUCCCCAGCGGAAAGUCAGGCUAUUGUCGCAGGGUGAGUGCAUCGGCGAGGUCAGCAUGUGGGACUCCAAGAAGGCGACCAUCGCUGGAAGAGGCGUCUGAAAGGUCGAACAUCUGGCCGACUUUGAGCUCUUAUUCCGAUCGGUCUGUUAAGCCAAAAGCAGCAUGCUGACCAUCAUCCCCUUGCAGGUUGGUGUACUUCUCAUUAUGGCUAGGAGCUCUAGGCUGGGAUGUCGUCAGCACGCUGGGGUUCGAUCUCAUGCUUGUGCGGAACACAAAUUGGAGGUCAAUACCGUCAGGCAUUCAUUCCAGUGAGUGUAUGCGCUAUCCCCGGCGCGCACGAGGGGCUCGAGCUGAGCCCGCUCUUCGUCCUGUUGUCAGUCGCCUAUAUGCUCAGCAGGUACUUGAACGUAGCCUGGAUUUGCAUGGCCGUGACGACUCCCAUUGUUCGCAGCAACGACUGCCACAUCAGAGCUAUCACUAGUGCGACCCUUUUCGCCUUGGGUCUGGCUGCUAGUACGUAUCCACGCGAAAGUAGACAGCCUGGAACGUCACACUGACUGACUUGCGCGUUUCUUUGUAGCCACGCUCGUCUUCCUUUUGCGCACGGCGGCGAUUUGGCGGCUCAAGCCCAUCGUAGUGAUCCCCCUCACCAUCUCUUGGAUCGCAGUGCUGGCACUCAGCGUCACGCUUCCGAUCAAUUUGAACGGUGUCCAGCUCGGGGGCGAGUGGUGUACGCUCGACGUGUCUCACAUCACGGCGCUCGGCGUGGUGGCAUGCGUCUUCGUCUUCGACAGCCUGUGCCUUUUUCUGACCGUGCUGCGACUCAAUCGUACCGGCUGGCGGGGAUUGCUGCGAGGAUUGUUGCCUGGGAUGUGGCUAUCAUCCAGGAGGAAGCAAGAGGAAGCGUACGGCGAACCAGAACCCUCAGAGGACUCGGUGGCAGUCAUGCUAGUGGAGCGCACCGUGGCAUUCUUUUCCAUUCAGUUCGUCAUACUCAUUAGCGCGGUUGCAGUCUACUACGCCACCGAACAGGUCGCUUUUCGGCUGAUGCAGAUUGUUGCAUGCCAGGCCAUAAGCGCCAUCAUGGCCGGUCGGCUGUUCCGCCGCGCUUGGUUCUUGACACGCCAGCAACAAAGGGCUAUCGCCAGGCAGAUCGCCCAGCCGAGUCCGCCAAGCUACUCUGCUCGCUAUCUGGAAGACGACGUCAGCUUUAAGUUCGAUGAAGUGGCACUGGCAGCCGGUGGUGCCAUGUCUCCCUCUCUGAUCCGACCAUCCGCCGUAGAGAGCUCAAGCCUUCCACCAGGUGCAGCGAUGGGAUCAGGCAUCGGCGACGCGCCCAUCUCCAAUGUUGCGAGGCGCAAAAGCAGCAAAGCAGCUUUGACAGCCGCCGCACUCGCUGACGAAGAUCUGUACGUCGAGGGAGAGUUUCCCAAGACGGGUUCCACUCGGUCUUUGCUCCUGCCCAAAGACUCGUACACUUCUAUUGGCACCACUUCUGCAGCGCAGCGGUACGCAGCUAGGCACGCCAGAGAGAGAAGGUCGUCAGGAGAUGAGCCUGAUGAUGUGUCCAUCUUUGUGCCGAUGGAUGGCACGCUCCUCAGCGCGCAUCGUCGCCAAACACUGCCAGCGACGCUGCGGCCGUCCAGAUCAGCGAAAGUCUCUCGACAGACGAUUGAGGAUGCUACAAAGUGGCCCGUGGGGCCGAGCAACUAUGCCGGCUGGUGGAAGACUGGAGGCUCUGCGCAUGAAGUUCGGGCAGUGUCCAGCGGUCGGCGGAGUACAGACACGUCCCAGUCCAUAUACGAAGUCCCGAGACGUCCUGUCACGAGCCACACCUCGUCUUCACGAUCAUCGUCGUCUCGCAACCAGGUCGCACACACGCCUUCAGCUGCGCCCAGUAUCUUUGAAAUCACUCGACAAGUGCAGCCUUCCGUCGGCAGGGCGAGUGCUGGUCCCGAGGUGCUUCGCGAUGCACUAGCCACAAGAGAGUCGGUUGCCGUGCCGCCUCUCGCUGCGACCCCAGGUCGCCGCCGCCGACCCGCCACAGCGCCUUCGCAAAGAGACGAUCUGAACCAGAGACCGAAGAGGAGCAUUCUUUUCAUCGACUCUGCGCGAGCUCGACGCGGUAACUUUGUGGCCAAUGACCACGAGUUGGCUGAAUUUCCCUUGCGUCCCCCCCGCACAGAGUCAGGCAGGGACUUCGUCGCGUCGCCCUCGAUUCUGGGCGCCGGCCGGAUUUCGACGCCGAGAGACCGAUCAGCCUACGAUCUCGAUGCCCUUAAAGCUGCUGCCUCUCUCGACGAUAGGUCACGCUACGAGGAUGCUGGUCUAGGCUCGGCGCCGCCCUCUAUGAUCACUUUCGGCGCAUCGCCCGAGAGCACUACUAGGCGAAACAUUGCAACGUUCGCAGAUGGGCCGGCUUUCGUGCGGGAUGUUCCGGCAGUCUCGUCAAGUUCAAAUGAGCGCCGACGCGAGCGAUCUGCACUGUUUGGCGUUGAAGCAGGAACGGCGACGACGACGCCGGCGCCGGCGCCGCCGACUUCCACUGAAGUGCACGAUGCGCUAUUUGCCUUCAGACAGACUAUUGACGACGAUGCAGCUGAGCUCUCCCGCGAAAUCUCGAGACCCCAUACUAGAGAGGAGAGCAAGCAACGCACUCAGAGCAGCGCGGAAACGGAUGAUGAUCGUCCUCGAACCUCGCGAGGAGGACCGCUCUCAGCUUUCGGCCAACCGCGCAUUGGCACAGCUGAUUCCACUGUCAGUCGGAACGACGGCAGGCCAACAACGAGUCAUGGCCGACCAGACGAAAUGCCGCGGCCUUUGACAGGACAUGGCAAGCACGGCUCGAGCACUAGCGGACGCUUUCAGCGCAUUCCGCUCGAGUCGCAGUCUAACAGCGAUCUUCGAGGUCAGGCGCAGGACGUCGCUACCAGAUGCGCGCUUUCCGACGAGCCAGAACAGCAGAAGUCAGCCAUUGCCGAGCAAUUUGAGCGCUUGGCAGCGGCCGCAGCACGUCCCUCUGCUGACUUCGAGGCAUUGCGUUCGAGCGGAAGUGGGGAGCACGAGCCACGGAGCGCUGUGCAAAAAUUGAGCGGUCUGAGGCCGAAGCUGGAUCGCGUAUCCAGCGACAACGUCAUAGAAAGUCUGGACUGCUAG